AUGCCCGAAGUUUCACCGUCGGGAGCUUCGGAGCCCUUCAUCGAACGCGAGGAUGUGAGUCACUCAGCGUUCCACUGGCGCAAGGCGCGAGGCAUUAUGGCCAUGGUGAAGGUGCGAAGGUACGCGCUGCGGUGGAACCAAGAUACCAAGCUGAUGCGAAGCUUGAAAGAUGAUGCUGAGAAACAGAGGUUCAUCGCCCAGAUCAUCGUGGUGAUCACGGUGCUGGGAGUGCUGAUGUCGGAAUCCAAGAGCUGUCUCUUCCACAUGGAGGCAAUGGGGCGCUGGGACCAUGGCCAUCCCUACAAGUUCUCCUAUGCCUUGACGCUGACCAUGACCGUCUUCUUGCUGAAAAUGAUGCUUGCCCCAGUGCACAACGCACUGAAAAAGAAGAGGGAGGACAAGGAGGUUGGUGAGGAUGAGGCGGAGGUCCCCACGACCAUGUACAGCAAGGUGAUGCCAUGGAUCUUGAUGAUUACCUUCACCAUCUUCGAGAUGAUGAUGACGACGCUGAGCUGCUUGGGUCUGCUGUAUGGGGCGCCCACCACCAUUUUCGUGGUCUUCAAGAGUUCCAAAGCUGUCUUCAUGGCCCUGAUGUCGGUGGUGCUGCUGGGCCGUCGCCUGAACCUGGCCCAGUGGUGCUCGCUGUUGGUGAUCUCUGGGGCCUUGCUGCUGUCCACCGUUGCGGAGGGCAAGGGCGGAAAGAAAGGCAAGGGGGAGCACGAGUUGAACCUGACGGGUCCUUUGUUGCUGCUGCUGUCUGAGCUGUGCCAUGCCAUUAUGCUCACCUUUCAGGAGAUCGCGGUGCGGAACUACUGGCCCAAUCCCAUUGCACUGCUCAGCUGGUCCGCCUCUCUGGGGGUCUUCUUGACCGCCUGUUCCAUGUACAAGUCGCGUCAGAUCUUCGUGGACCUCCCGGACGGGGGCCGACGUCCCUUCUGCGAUCCCAAAGAUGUGAUGUACAUGAUGUGGACCAGCCCUGCCCUGGCGCUGUGCCUGCUGAUCAACAUCUCUUCGCAUCUAUCCUCCGACCUUUCCCAUAUCAUGAUCCUGAAGCACAUCUCAGCCCUGGCGCGAACGCUCUGCGACACUCUCAAGAUGAUCGUCAUGUGGCUCUUGGGGAAGAUCUUCUGGGCCCUGGCCAUUUUGCCACCCCUGGCGGAAGCCUGGCAUCCUGGGCUGUUGGGCUCCUGGUUGAUGAUCCCAGCCAUCUUCGCCGUGAUCUACGGAAUGUUGAUGUUCAAGAACGGUGUCUUCCUGCCCUUGGUCUAUGCAAAGGAUGACCAUGGUGUGUGGCGGAUCCAGGAGCGUAGGGACGAAUCUGAUGAUGAGGAAGAGCUGGAAGAGAUUUUGGCUUCCGGAGACGAUCCGUUCUACAUGGCGGCCUUCCGCUCCAAGAAGCUGAAACGCCGCAACCGGCGGAUCAUGCACAUGCUCAGGGCCCACAAGCUCAUUGGCAAGGGGGAUACUCCCAAGAACUAA